AUGGCCGUGCUGCUCCUCCAAGGGCUGCUGCUCCUCCUUCCCUUGGCAGCCCUGCUGCUUUACUGCUACAAUGCCACCUUCCAUUACCUGUGCAAGGUGGCCUUCUUCAACUGCUGGGUGGUGGCCAUGGCCACGCUCCUGGCCCCUUUGGUGGCUUUUCGAGGUCGCUCUGUGGAGAACAUGAGGCUCCUGCGUGCUGCCAUCCUGCCCCUCAAACGCUUCUAUGGCAUCAAGAUGCAGGUGUGGGGCUCUGAGCAUCUCAACACCAAGGAGCCCUAUGUGAUAGUUUGCAACCACCAAGCUUCCCUUGACCUCUUGGGCAUGGUGGAGGUCAUUCCUGAGCGCUGUGUGCCCAUUGCCAAGAAGGAGCUGCUCUACAUGGGCACGGUGGGCUGGGCCUGCUGGCUCAGUGGCAUCAUCUUCAUCGACCGCCACAGACGAGACGACGCCAUCGACGUCAUCUCCCGCACAGCCACGGCCCUGAGGAGGGACAACCUCCGAGUGUGGAUUUUCCCUGAGGGCACGAGGAACCAGAGCAGGUCCAUGCUGCCCUUCAAGCGUGGGGCUUUCCACCUGGCUGUGAAGGCUCAGGUUCCCAUCUUCCCUGUUGUGAUCUCUCCAUACUGGGACUUCUUCAGCUCCAAGGAGAAGAAAUUCACCUCUGGGACAUGUACCAUCAGAGUCCUCCCCAGGGUGGAAACCCAGGGCCUGAGCCCUAAGGAUGUGCCAGGGCUGACAGAGGCUGUUUGGCAGGCCAUGGCUGAUGCCCUGGCUGGGCUGUUGCACAUGCACCCCAUGGGCCUGGACCAGCCCAGGGGGUGA